AUGGCUGUAGAUAAAUUGCCUGAUUUCAUAUCAGGUCUUAGGUUCAUGGUCGCUGCCAAGAAGCAUCUAGUAUAUUUUUACAGCAUGAAAGAAUCUGGAAGUCCAACGAGUGAACAGAUUGAAAUUGAACGCCAAACAUCUCUCCUCAAGAACAUUGUAGAGCGUUCAUAUUUGCAAGAAAGAGUUAGCUGUUAUGUGCUCAAGAACAUACCGCAGGAGGGACUGCCGACUUACAAUGAUCAAACGCAUACAGGAAUAGAAAUUAUCAUUAUACCACAAGUGCACACAUUAACAAAAGGCGACCAAAACGUACUGGUUAGGAUGAUGAUGGCCUCACAAGUUUCCAGACCAGUUCGAUUAUUUAUUGGGAUGAUACCUUGGGAUACGACGAAGGAGAGUGCAAUGUCAGGGGAUAUCGAAUUAGCACUUUCUUCUCGUAUAACUUCAGAGGACUGGUUAAAGCAUAAAUUUUGGUUUGCAUGUUAUGAACCUGAUGAAAAUGAAGUGUUCUCGCCGUUAAUUGGGGCACUCCCCGAGUCCUUAGAGAAGGCACAGUAUACUGAUGUUCACGCUAAUAGAUCUAUCCACCGUUACAUUCUUGACGUUAUGAUACAUUUGAGAAUGCACAAGUUGCUCGAUACAACGAAAGGCGGUGGUAUUCACACGAGUGCCCUGAGAGAUGUAUUGGCGCUCUCACAGCUACUUGCACUUUACAGAUUUAACAAAGCAUUUGUUACGCCGGAACAUGUAAAGCUGGCUUGCAUAUGGUAUUUCCCACUGCAUGUAGAAUUUUUGAAAGGAUCAGCAAUGGAUACAAGUGUGCUUUACGGUAGUAGACCAGAAUUAGUUGACGGGCUACUAAAAUGUAUAGCAGACGUUAAGUUGAGCAACACAGUAGAAACAGAAAAUCCUCUAUUUUUAGAGACCAUAGUGGUCCAGGAUGUGCUAAAUAAGGUGGUUCCUCCAGUAUGA